GCGCCACUUGCCUCCCGUCAGUCGCCCGCCGACUCUGCUUGUGCUUGUGUGACUCGCGCCGCUCCGUGCACCGCACUCGUGCUCCGAACACGACGCGUGCCGCCCCGCUGUGGCCGCGAACCGCGACCUCUACGCUACCGGCGAAUCGUUUCUCCUAACUUACGUGCAACUUGCUAUGUUUUAACUUACGGACAUUUUACACUCCCUUACCCGGCUUGUUUAUCCCUCAUCAUAGUUGAGCCCCGCACCGCACCGGCUUGCUCGCUGACCGCCGAGCCGCUAAUCUAGCUUUUUCGCGCCCCACCGUCGCCCGCCCAGACCCGCACCGGCCGCCGCCAUGCUCGCGCACCAAGCACCGCUCGCCCUCUACUAAACUCAACCGUCAACAUCGAUAAGAACGCGUGUGAUAAUAAUAUUUUAAUACUCGCCUAAAUAAGCUUGCAACGUCGGUGUCUUUAAUUCUAACUUAAUUGUAAGAUUAAUCAACUAGUAAGUAGGUACCUAGCGUGGUAGCCGCGUCCGUGCGUGUGUGUCGUAGUGUAGUGAGGGUGCGCGAUCGACGCCAGUGGCCGCAGCAGCAUCUCUCCCGCCGUGUGACCAGUGCAUGCUGAGAGCGCGCGGGCGCGCUCGCUCCCCGCCGCCUAUGCGCCGCACUCGCUCUGCGUAAUUGCGCGCGCAUCUACCGCCCCUGAAUUUUAUGGCAGCAAUGGCCACCAUGGUGAACAUGAAUAACCUCUUAAACGGCAAGGACUCACGUUGGCUACAGCUCGAAGUGUGCCGCGAAUUUCAACGGAAUAAGUGCUCGCGACCCGACACCGAAUGCAAGUUUGCGCAUCCCCCGGCUACCGUGGAGGUGCAGAAUGGAAGAGUCACCGCCUGCUACGACAGUAUCAAGGGUCGGUGUAACCGCGAGAAACCACCUUGCAAGUACUUCCAUCCACCCCAACAUCUGAAAGAUCAGUUGCUAAUCAACGGCAGGAAUCACCUAGCACUGAAGAACGCACUAAUGCAGCAGAUGGGCCUGACGCCCGGCCAGGUGCUGCCUGGCCAAGUCCCCGCUGUGGUGAGUCACCCAAGCUACGCUCCCUCCUACUACUACCGAAGCUUCGAGCGAUCGGACCUCCACACUAAUGUGGGCGGCGUGGGCGGCGCGGGUGCGGCUGCCAGCCACCUCGCCGCGCUGGACCCGAUCAGUCUGGCGUUGCUCGCCCCGCAGGCGACGUCACCGUACCUGUCGGGCGUGCCGGGCGUGGGCUCGACGUACGCGCAGUACUACGCGCCGCAGCUGGUGCCGGCGGUGCUGGGCCACGACCCCGCCGCCGCCGCCGCCUCGCCGCUCGGCGUCAUGCAGCAACCCGUGCUGCAGCAGAAGCUGCCGCGCACCGACCGCUUAGAGGUGUGCCGGGAGUUCCAGCGCGGCGCGUGCAAGCGCGCCGAGACCGAGUGUCGCUUCGCGCACCCGUCGCCGCCCGUGGCCGCGCACGACGACGGCUGUGUCACGGUGUGCAUGGACGCCGUCAAGGGCCGCUGCGUCCGCGACCCCUGCCGCUAUUUCCACCCUCCCCUGCACCUGCAGGCGCACCUUAAGGCGCAGGCGCGCGGCGCGAUGGACAUGAAAAGCGUCGGAUCCUUCUACUACGAUAACUUCGCCUUUCCCGGCGUGGUGCCGUACAAGCGACCCGCUGCCGACAAAGCGGGCGUACCCGUGUACCAGCCGGCGACGACCUAUCAGCAGCUGAUGCAGCUUCAGCAGCCGUUCGUGCCCGUAUCAUGCUGUGCGCCCCCGAACGCGCCUUACGUGGUGUACACCGACGAGCGCGGACAGUUACUGGACACCCUCCCGGUGUGCCAAGAUUUUAAUCGACAAGGAUGUACAAGACCUACCUGCAGAUUUGUUCAUAUUCGUGAAGGGUGCGGGCUGCAGGUGGUGGGGUGUCGCGUGGUGGUGUGCCGCGACGCCGCGGCCGGCACGUGUCGCCGCGCCGCCUGCCGCUACUACCACAUCCCCGUACAGCUGCCGCCAGCGCUGCGCCCCCCUUAACCUGCCCCCCCGCCACCCGUCCACCGCCGCACCCGAGCCCUCAUCCCUCCUCCCCCUCCCUCACCCCUCCACCUCCACGUGAUCCGACCCAUCCCCGCAUCGCCCGCGCCCCGCGUUAUCCAUAUCGAUCGCGCCUCUGGCACACUCGGGAAAGGCAGGUUCGGCAAGUAUCCUACUGUCGCUCCCGCGGCUGAGGUGGUGAUAUCUUAGUGAAUAUCGGUUAGUGUAGAGCGGCCGGGGCGGGCCGCGUGCGCAGCGGCGCCGGCGCCCCGCCCCCGUCUGGAGAGCGUAUAGUCUUCGGGAAGAGUGUGUACAUAAGUAGCGGGAUAUGAUUCUCAGGCACGGUCAUACGAUUGUGAUAUGAAUAGAUUUCGAGACGCCGGAGCCGUUUGAGUAAUUUUAUCGAGAUCGUACCGAGAUCGUCGAAUAGUAGUUAGUGAGGUUUCAAAUGUUUUAUUACUAUUGUAUAUUAUUUUUUUUAAGAUACGAUAUGAGUUCCUGUAAAGAUCAGUGCGGCCGCCAUCGGGCGCUGCAUGUAAACUUUGUUGUAUAUAAGCAAGCGGUGUAAUGUUUAUGGGUGGUGCGGAGCGCACCGUCGCCGCCGGUCCGUUCACGGCCGGCGGCCGAUGCCGGUGUCAAAAGUUGCAUCACCCCACUCCUAACGUGAGCAUUUUUGUGAGAAUUAUGUUACUUUUUUACGUAUGUUAUAAAAUUAUUUUUUUCUAGAUGACAAGUUUUACACUAGAUUAGAUUAAGUGAGUCAGUAAUGAAACACCAAUAGAGUAGCCGCUUCUCUCCCUCGGCACUGAAACUUUUGACGCCGGAGCACAACUCGCGCGACUGGUGCCGCGCGCUCGCUCGCUGCGACUAGUCGGUACGUCGUUCUUCCCUUAUGGAGCCAUCCCGUUCGCACCACAUCCCACGUCCCACGACGCGCAUGCGUCGCCCAGUUCACACUUUAGCAUAGAUCGCGACACUCGUAGAGUGAUAGAGGACAGAAAUUCAUAAUACAAUGAACGUUAUCGGACAAUAUUAAACGAAGAAGGCAUACUUCCAAGCUAUUUACCUAAAUUCUAGGAUAGAACGUCGGCUUUUAUUCCAGAUAGAUUUUGCUAGAUAAUCAUUCUUUUACCGGUCGAUUCCCGUCUAUCGAUGCACAAAAUAUUACCGACGAUCGAGUCCGAUUACCUCUCGGUGAUGACAGCAUAAAGAAAUAGCUACCUAUAUUGUUUUCAACACAACAGUAUUAACGUUUUGAUCAAAUUUAUCUCGUCGUAUGUAUGUAGAGGUGAUAUGCGGAUAGAGAGAGAGGCGGGUGCGCGCGCGCCGUGUCGCGUGCGUCGCAUGUGUCGCUAGUGUCGCUCGCGGCCCGUAUAGCCGCAGUGUCGCUCGCGGCCUGUAUAGUCGCAGCGUCGCACGCACGCCGCGGCCGGCGCGCGCGUCCCGAAGGCAUGGAAGCCUAAUGCCUAAUAUUAUUCCUAGUCCAUAUCCUUUUUGUUGAUCAGUCAUGCGAUUAAUGUUAGAAAUAAAUAUUAAUAAUUUGAUUUAUUCCUCCCAUUUAGUGGAUAUUUUGAUAAUGAUAUAUUAAUAAUGAAAUAUUUAAGAUACAUAAUACAUAUUUGAUUCUAAAUCCUGAUAAAGUGACACUACGUUAGUAAUUUAGUCGGAGGGAUACUUGUGCCGUGAUUAUAUUUUUAGGUAUAUAUUAUGAAAUAAUUCCUAGCGUCGGAAUUAAAGAAGUGAUUAAUGUGUAAGCGUGUUAUAUUUAUUGUCGUAACGUAAGUGGAAUGCCAUAUCGAUAAAAGGUGAAUAUCGGAUGCGGAGUCAAACUCAUUAGUAACUCGUUGCGUUUGUGUUUAUGUUGAUUGUUAUUAUCAGUCCCGUGCUAGUGGCUAAGUGAACAGUUCACUUUUAUCAAUACGGCACUAUGAGUCUUAAAUAUAUAAGUUGUCAUAUUAUUUUUUGUUAAAAUUUAUCGUUUCAUGAUUAUUUGUUGCCUAUAAUUUUUAUAAUCAAAAUUUUAUGAUCUGACGCAUUUAUUGUAAGACAAUCGAUUACUUUUAUAAUUAAUUAGUGUGAUAAUAAUAAUUAUGGUAUCAAAUUGCCGUUAUGAAAUAUAGAACAUCGAAAGUAUCCUUCCUGUUUAGAAGGGACUCUUCUGGCCCAAGGUUUCUAGUGGAUUUUAUAUUUUUCUUUUGUUGUAUUUUUAAUGUUGCGUGUGUCUUACACAUAAUAUAUUUCAUUUUUGUGAUAUUUUUAACUAUAAAGUACUGUUAUUAUAAAUCCAAAUGGAAUAAUGAUGACCUAAUUAAUAUUCAAGAAUUUAUUUGUAAAUCACAAAAAAAAAUGUAAAACUGUAAAUAUAUUGACAAAAAAAUGAACUGCAACACAAUAAUUGAUUAUUAUAUCUCUCAUCAAAUACACUGUAAGUUGUUUGAGUACCAAAGUAAUGGUAUCUAAUUAUGUAGUAUGUACCUACAGUCUACUUAUUGUAAACCGGUCCAGUGAACAAAGUAUUGAUAAUAUUGUGAAAAUUUUUUUAUUCACGAACAAUCACAGAAAGUACAUGACAUUGUAAUAUUAUUUAUGAAAUUACUAUGUGAUGUGAUCUUCGGAUCAAUUUUGAGUACAGUAUAGAUAAUAAACAACUGAAUAUGUGA